GGUGAAGUUGUAGUUCUGUCAGUAGUUGUGAGCUGCAGUUCGGAUACACAAAGUAAUUAUGUCAUGCUAGCUCUUUAAUUUCAUCUUUCUAUUUUGGAGCCAGGCCAUUCUAAUACCCCCAUUUUUGGAAGUUGUUUGGAUGCACACGCACGCGCGCACACACACACUAAUCAGGCAUCACGCGCACAGUGGACACAGCCAACUCUGGCCAGCAUCAUAUAUGACACAGUCCUCAUUUCGCGUGGACACUGAGUGGGCAGUGCGGGCGGACGGACUGGACGCUUUCUUAGGUUGCUCGCGGUGCUUGAGGUCAGGCUGCGCGGUGUGCGGCUCAACAGAUGCCUCACCGAGAAAUAAGCCUUUAAUACCCCGAGGACUCUAGAGAGGGUAACUCCGCUCAACUCACAAUGCAGACUUAAGUGAAGCCCACUCACGACACUCUACCGCGUCUCUGGUGGUGUCCUGCGCGUCGCGGUUUCUUGGGAAUAAGUAGCACUUUCGGACGUAGCUGCCUGUUUCAGAGGUAAACAGAGGCUCAUGGCAUACCUGUCCAUGCCUCACUCACUAGAGCCAGGUGAGCGAUAAUCUGAUCUGGUCGUUUCGGCAGUGGAGUAACACAAGUGGAGCGAUUCAACCACCAUGCCACCCAAGAAAAAGGGAGAGCGUCAGGACUCCGACGCCGUUGAGGAAAGAAACGCCCAGGUGCAGCUGGAGAAGGCCAAGUACAAGCCUGUGGCAUUCGCAGUACGUUGCAACUUCUCUUACACACCAGCAGACGACGACAACGUUCCUGUACCGGGCCAGGCAGUCACAUUUGAGUCCAGAGACUUCCUGCAUGUCAAAGAGAAGUUUAACAAUGACUGGUGGAUUGGACGGCCGGUGAAGGAGGAUGGUGUGGUGGGCUUCGUCCCCAGUCCAGUCAACCUGGAAACAAUUCUCAUCAGAAGAGAAGUCCAGGCCAGAAAAGCUGCCAAAGCCUUAGCCAGCAAAGCAGCAGCUCAAGCAGCUCAAGAUAUGAACUCAAAGAAAUACACUCCUCCAUCACAAGCCAAUCAGCAAGUGAAAAAGAAACCGGGGGAGCAGGUGGCUAUGUAUGAUGUAGUGCCUACAAUGCGUCCUGUAGUUCUAAUGGGACCGUCUCUGAAGGGCUUAGAGGUUACAGACAUGAUGCAAAAAGCACUAUUUGACUAUUUAAAACAUCGAUUUGAAGGCAGAAUCACUAUCACACGGGUCACAGCAGAUAUCUCUCUGGCUAAACGGUCCAUCCUCAACAACCCAGGCAAAAAGGCCUUGAUGGACCGGUCCAACACCCGCUCCAAUUUAGCCCAGAUCCAGGGGGAGGUUGAGCGAAUCUUUGAGCUGGCCCGCAGCAUGCAGCUGGUGAUUCUGGAUGCAGACACAAUAAACCACCCUCUCCAGGUGUCCAAGACCUCCUUGGCACCCAUCCUGGUCUACGUUAAGAUCUCCUCACCAAAGGUGCUGACGAGGCUCAUCAAAACUAGAGAGUCACAGACCAAACACCUCAAUGUUCAGCUGGUAGCAGCAGACAAGCUCGCCCAGUGCCCGCCUGAAAUGUUCGAUGUCAUCUUAGAUGAGAACCAGCUGACUGACGCCUGUGAGCACAUUGCUGAUUAUCUGGAGUCUUACUGGAGAGCCACUCACCCACCAGAGAUGGAGCCUGUGAACGCACUGGUGGCCCAGCUGGCUGAGAACACACUGCCCACCAACCCAACAGGAUUACAGGAGGGGCAGAAAAACAAGAAGUCAGCUGCAUCCAAAAGAAAAGGUUCCCGGGAGAACCAUCUAGACGAUGAGCCCCCCUCAGCCCCAGUGCAGGAACAGAGGACUGAAGAGGGCCAAAGAGAGGAGGAGGAGCGGCUUCUAAAGACUGAACCAAAGAGACCGCAGCACACCCACCACCAUCACCACCACCACCAUCACCACAACCGUAGGACGGAACACCACGUCCAAGGCCAGAACAGCCAAACAUCUGGUGGAGCGGAGGUGCAGACAAGCAAGGAGUACAACCAGAGGAUUCACCGCAGGCAGCUGCCAGAGGAUCGGGAGGAGGAGGAUGUGCUGGAGGAUGUGGUGGAGGAGGACGAGGAGGAGAUUCGCUAUAACCACCGGGGCCAUAAUCACCAGCAUCACAACAGCAACCACCACCAUCACCACCAUCACCACCACCACCAACAUCACCACCGCGGGGGCGGCCAGCCACACUUAGGGGAGGACUAUGAGCAGGAGCACAAUGAACGCAACCGGCAGCACAGACAUCACCAGCAUGUUUCAACAAGGACACAACACACGGAUAAUUAUCCUGCACAUAAUCAUCACAACUUCCACCACUAUCACGGCAGAGACAGGGACAGAGAUAGGGACAGGGACAGGGAUAGAGAUAGAGACAGAGACAGAGACAGAGACAGAGACAGGGACAGAGAUAGAGACAGGGACAGGGAUAGAGAAAGACAUAAAGACAAAGACAGAGACAGGGACAGAGAAAGAGAUCUAGGUAGAGAUAGAGACCAAGAUGCACGACAAUGGCACAGGGAUUCCUACAUACACCAGUGACUGUAGUUAUUUUCCCUGGGCUAGUGUAUGGUUGUAUGCUGCUCAAGUUAAACUGCACUAAUGGACGGAGCAGACUGUGUCAUCUUUAUUGACUAUGUUUCUCCCCAUCUUGUUUGCCAUUUUUUAUUUUUGCCCUUUGCCACCUGCUAUUUUUUUAUUGCAUUGAAUAUAAUCUCUUUUUUCAGCUCAUUUUCACCAAUUACAUUUGGCUCCUGUGCUCUGCAGCAUCCAUUAUGGAGGUUUAAUGUUGCUCAGUAUGGAAGCCAAAUAUGGCCAUGGUUGCAAUAGUCUGAUUUGGUCAUUAUUGAAUCUUCUUGUGGAUAACAGGAUUAUUACACCUCCUGGGGCAAAGUGCACAAGCUGGGCGUGCGCCUGGGUAUAUAACCUUACGUUGACUUGGGGCAGAGCGUUAUGACCGACAAAAGUUAAGCCUGUGCACUAGUAGAACUCAAGCCCUGUCUUUGUGUUACACCUGGGUGUAGCUUUUACACCAAGGAAGGAGCAAGUCUUUUAAGUUAGACUAAUCUGCCUAUUCAAGGCACUAUCCCAGGUUCUAGACCUUCCCAGUUUUGCCCUUACAAAGCUCAGUUGUUUGUGUUGGUGUUGGUCAGUUUCACAGGGAACGAUUUUAUGUUCUGCAUACAACUCAAUGAGUUUCAGUAUUUCAUAUCUGUAUUUAUUUCUUUUGAUUUGUGUUAACGAUAUAUUUUGCAUAUAUUUUGAUCAAAGAAGAGAGUGGAUAGAUGUGGAUUACUUGGCAAUACACACAGCUUAGCAAAUGUUCACAUGGAUGUUUAUGAUAAGAUCAGGAGCAGCUACGACUGGUAUUAGCAGAGCUUCGUGCACACACAAGUUCUAGUGGAAGUCAGUCGUACUAAGUCCAACGAAAGAGCAAGUUUAACGCCCAGCUGGUGCACUUGGCCCUGAUGUAUCAGGGAUGACUUUGAUUUAUGAUAGGUCAAUACAAAUGAUUCCAGUGCAACAGCUCUGCAGUAAAUCCUACCAUCUUUAAAAAUGUGGUAUGUGCUUUUUCAAAUGUUACAAUAUAUUUUAGUUAAAAAUGUGUUGGAUGCAAUACUAAACAAAGUUUCAAAUUGUUAGUAAAUGUGUGUUGGAGUAAUCCCAGGAUAUGACUAAAGGCUGCUCUGAAUGGCUAGUUUAAAAAAUCACACAAGAUUUGCGUCAAAUUGUGACAACCGCACUUAGCAAUCUCUUAAUAAAGGAUAUAUAAAGAGACAGUAGUUAAAAGUAAAAUGUUUCACACUGAGUAUGAAGUAAGUUCCCUUUCUGACAUUUAUCCGAAAAAGAGCUGUUUGUCCAAAUAUCAACUUAUUCUAUUUAUAGAGAUAUAAAUUGAUAGAAAACCUAUUAUGACUGAUUUAUCCAAAUCAUACAUGUCGCUAGCCAACAUGUUGAACAUCAUCGUGUUAGCCUGUCACACCAAUGCUGAUCUCCCCCUUACUACUUCUGGUAAAGUUGUUAAAUUUGCAAUAUUUGGGUUUUGGAGUGUAAGUUGCACCAAACAAACAAGUUAAGGAACCAAUCUUGGCCCAUGCAGAUAGUUGGGUGGGCCUUUUUUUUCUCUUCUAUUUUUGACAUUUUAUAACUAAAAUGUUAUUGAAUAUUGCCCAUAAGAAGUUUUCUCUGUUAUCUUGACAUAAUAUGAUUUAUUUCUAAUCCUCAGAUAACAAGAUGAGAUAAAAUUACACCUGCUGUUCUCGGCCUCCAUACUGUAAUGCAUCUGAUGAUUUCCAUUCCUGCAGAGCUUAACAACUUAAUUUAUUUCCGUCCAGUUGAAUGGUAAGAGUUGGUGUAUUUCAGUGUCACACCUGCCCCUGCUCCCAUGAGUGAAUCUUGAAAAGGCAACAGUUUAUUUUUAACAUUGGUAUGAAAGGUAAAACUAUUUUUCUACAUGACUCUAAAAGAGGUCAUACUAUGCCUCCUACUUUUUUAAAGGGUGUUUAAGCAUAUUAUUGACUUGCAUUUUCCCUGUCUGGAAAGCAUGAAAACCUUUGGUGACACUGACCUGUGCUAAAUGCUGGAUACUCUAUGCAUCUUCUUGUGAUAAAAUAUAUUGCUUGAAUAAAUCUCUAUGCAUUUGUAUAAUACUUCAUAACUGCCUUGUUAGGUUAUGUAAGGAGAACCAGAGAGCCUGUUGCACUGUUAGAACUUGACCUAUUGCGUAUGAUUUCUUCGAGUUGUUGAGACUGAAUUGACUCUGGUCCUUUCAAAAUUGUAUGUUUUGGUUAUAUAUGUGUAUUUUGUACAUUAUUUCAGGAGUUCGUUUUGACAAAUAUGCAUU